AAUUGUAGUUUCACUCUCUAUACACUGUCUUCAAGCACUUUUUUAAGCUGGACCGAAUUGGCCAUUUUCCGCCUCUAAUCCUUUUGUAUCUUUUGUCUCAUCAGCAUUUGCAGAGACGUGCUCUGUCUAUGCGCGAGCCAAUCUUCAAAUAUGGCACAUUUAUAUAAGCGAGAAAAUUAUGCCACGAACUACUCGUUGAAAUAUUGGUCUGGUACUUUCGAGGAGUAUACCCGAGUACUUUCUAAGAGUACGACUCUAUACAUUGGCAACCUCUCAUUUUACACAACAGAAGAGCAGAUUUGGGAGCUUUUUUCGAAGGUGGGACAGAUCAAGAGGCUUUUGAUGGGCCUUAACAAAUACACACAUACCCCUUGCGGUUUUUGCUUUGUAGAAUACUACACACACGAAGCCGCAGAAGAUUGUGUUUACUACAUCAAUGGAACCAAAUUAGAUGAUCGGAUUAUUCGAGUGGAUUGGGAUACUGGUUUUGUGGAGGGAAGACAGUACGGCCGUGGAACGAACGGAGGACAGAUCAGAGAUCAAUUUCGUGACGUGUAUGAUCCCGAAAGAAGUGAUUUUUCUCAGAUUAAAAAGACUCAUGACGUAGGUAGUCAGAUGGGUGGGAAGCACAGUGGACAUGACCAGGCACCCGAACCUGGUGCUUAUGGCGGUGGUGGGUAUAUGAGUGGCCCAUAUGGCGCUGGAUCGGGGGGCGUUCAUCGUCACCCGACGUACGCUGCAUCUUCUUCCUCUUUUGGUGGUAAUCCCGGAAGUGGUAGUGCAUACGGCGCGGGCGGACAUUCAUUUUCGUACGGAGGUUAUUCGGGACCUUCUGAAGGCGGCGGCUACAUUAACAGAUAUAGUCAUCAGCCAUCUAGAAUGGAUGGGUAUCAUGCUGGUAGGUACUCUGAGCAAUUUGACCAUAUUUUAGGAGGAAGCGGAGGGGAAUAUCAGAGCGGACAUGAGCAUUUGAACGAUAGCGGGAUUAAGCGUCGGUUUAGCGAUCCUGAUGAUCGACAUAUUUCAGAAACUCGGUACCACCGAGGGAGUAGACAUCACCGGCUCCGGGAACCUGAUUAUGAUGAUUCAGAUAGAUAUCGAAAGAAGGUAAGAGAUGAAACACCUCUGGAAAGUGGCGGUGUGGAUGAAUUUGGACGAGAUAUUCCCCUCAAGAGAUGCAAAACUUCUGCUGCCGAAUGAGUGCUAUUGUUUUCAUUUCUUUCCAUCCUCGGUCAACCAAGAACAUUUCAUUCCUUUUUUUUUGAUAUGCGCCUAUUAGCAAGCAAUAUCACCUUAACAAUGUUAUUCCGGCUAGAUGACCAAAAACCCCAGGCCUAUCUCUCUGUUCUGGUAAAUAAUUCAUAUCGCUAUGUUCCUGACCUAAUGCCUAAUGAGCGAAAAAAAGUUGCGCAUCCACGUCCAUCGCCCCAUACACGCCUGAUGGGUCUGAAGCAUGCGCAUCCUGUUUUGAUUGGUCCUUCUAUUUCUGAUAGGUCCUAUUCACUCUUAUCCUGCUUAUCGAUUACAACAUUCAUCUUACCCUACUGCGAGCAUUCAAAUUCGAAUAACAACAACCCCCUCUUAAGGCAUUCCCAUCUCACCUCAUCCUCUAGACCUCUCCAUAUCUCUAAAAAUACCCCAGACAAUUUCUGGCCAUAUUUCUCCUUCUGUAAAUACAUUUCAAGACAUGAAUCUGUGGCUGGUACAAUUAUUUUUUUUUCACUUCUCUGGAAUCGAUUCAUGCAUCUAAUAGCGCUCACCCCUCGACAAUCAGAAAAACCCUCCAUUGCCCAUCUUACUCGAAUCAAUAAAGAUCAGGUCUUGCAUCUCCUCUUACACGAGGUCCGAUGCAUUUCGGCUGGGUCGUGUGAAUAUUCAAGUCUCUCAGUGAAACAGUUGCCUUCGUAUA